AUGCGUGAACUUAGAUCGAUCACUGAACUAUCAUUUGAAAUUAGAUCUUCUCGUACUUUAAAUGAAAAUCUAUCACUCAAGGAAGAAAUCUCACAUUUGAAUGAAAAAAUAAAAAAUCAAUCAUGUUUGAUAUCUGACUUGGAUAGUAAGCUAAAAGAACUUAACAAUGAACGGAAUAGCUUACUAACAGUAAUCAGAAUACUACAAGUAGAAAAUCAAAACUUUCCUCAUUAUCAGAGACAACAAGUAGCUAAUUUACAUGCCAAUAUUAAUCAUCCCCUGCAGAGCCAACAAAGCCAACAUGUUGCUCCCUCAGCUCAUAUUAACAACCUACAUCAAUCACUUCCAACUCAAACAGAUCAAAGAAGCACCAAGUGGAACUAUGCAUAUGAUAAUACGCUUGACCAACGACUCAGAUAUCAGAGGGAACAACAACAACGUGUUCACCAAAAUUCCUAUAACGAGACACAUCAGUCACAGCAACAAUCAUACCAGCCCAAACCACAACAGAAACAUCAACUGCUACCGCAACAUAUAUAUCAGCGACAACAUCUA